AUGCCUCAAAUCCGCCUCGCAACCUCCUCCCCCGCCACCGCCCCCACGACCCCGCUCGCCCUCGCCCUCAUCGACCGCCUCGCCCGCCGCGCCUCCUCCCACGGCGCCGACCUCCUCCUCCUCCCCGAGGCCUUCAUCGGCGGCUACCCCCGCGGCGCAGACUUCGGCUGCAAAAUCGGCUCCCGCCUGCCCUCCGGCCGCGACGCCUUCCUCGACUACUUCGCCAACGCCGCCGACCUCGGCGACACCGUCGGCGACAGCGGCGCCGGCGCCGGCGCCGCCUGGAUCAACAAGACCCUCCCCGCGCAGUUCCCCGACCCCGAAAGCAAGGGCUACACCCGCGGCGACGGCUCGCGAGAGGAGCUCGAGCGCAUCGCCGCCCAGACGGGCGUCUUCCUCGUCGUCGGCCUGAUCGAGAAGGCCGGCGGCAGCCUCUACUGCGCCGUCGUCUACGUCUGCCCGCGCAGCGGCAUGCUCGGCAAGCGGCGCAAGGUGAUGCCCACCGCGACGGAGCGCCUCAUCUGGUCGCAGGGGUCGCCCGCCACGCUGAAAGCCGUCUCGACCGUCAUCAAGGGCGUGCGCCUCAACCUCGCCGCCGCCAUCUGCUGGGAGAGCUACAUGCCGCUGCUGCGCCAGGCGCUCUACGCGCAGAACGUCAACCUCUACCUCGCGCCGACCGCCGACGGCCGCGACACGUGGCUGCCGCUGAUGCGCACCGUCGCGUGCGAGGGCCGGUGCUUUGUCGUGUCGUCGAACAUGGCCGUGCGGCCCCCGGUUUCGUCGACGGAAGCUGCGGUGGAGGAUGCCGAGGUGUGUCCCGCGCGCGCGAGGCGGAACUCGUGCCUGACGGAGGACGGCAACGAGAUCGCCCUGCCUGCUGAUGGCACGACCACCGCGAAGAGCACCACCUCGACGGCCACGAGCCCCUCCCGCCGGCGGAGGAAGAGCGUCAUCGUCGAAGACGGCAACGAGAUUGUGCUGAGCUGCGACGCCGAGGACAACAACGCCAACACCACCAACGGCGCCAGCACGACGACGACCAACGGCACGACGGCCAAGAAGCAGCAGCAGCCGGCGCUGAAGGGCGAGGACUGGAUCUCGCGCGGCGGAUCGUGCAUCGUCGGGCCGUUCGGCGACGUGCUCGCGGGCCCGCAGUGGGAGGACGACGAGGGCAUCAUCUACUCUGACGUCGACUUUGAGGACUGCAUCCGCGGGCGGCUGGAUAUCGACACCGCGGGCAGCUACUCGCGCAAUGAUUCCUUCAAGUUUUCCGUCGAGGGGCUGGAUCUCGAUCCUUUGCCAUACUAA